AUGUGGUCUGAUGACGAAUCUUCACCUAGAAAAACUAACGUUGCCAGUUUUUUGGGUCACCAAAACAGCCUAGUCGAAAAAACGGCUGAGGAUCUUUGUUGCCUUGCUGAUCCUGUUUGGGAAUUAUUGGACCCACUACCAGAUAUCAGAUUGCUGUUCUCCUCAUUCGACAGUCAGUUCUUCGGAAAUUCUCUCGGAUGUGUAGAAGUCAAAUGGAGCUCCCGGAUGACUCUUUGUGCAGGAGUUUGCAAAUUUCACAAACCUUAUGGAAUGUGUUCCAUCAGCCUAAGUGAACCCCUACUAAAAUUUAGACCGCGAAAAGAUCUCGUGGAGACUCUGUUGCAUGAAAUGAUUCAUGCAUUUUUGUUCAUAACAAGGAAGGACAAAGAUCGUGAUGACCAUGGACCAAAUUUCAUAUCGCACAUGCAUCGCAUCAACUCGUUGGCUGGAGUAAAUAUUACUGUUUACCAUGCAUUUCAUGAUGAAGUUGAUACAUAUCGCACUCACUGGUGGCGUUGUACCGGUCCAUGUCGCAACCGUCCACCAUACUUCGGCUAUGUUAAACGUUCUAUGAAUAGAGUACCUGGCCCUAAGGAUACUUGGUGGGGUCAGCAUCAAGCUACAUGUAUAGGUAAAUUUGUAAAAAUCAAGGAACCAGUGAAGAAAGUUCCAUCUAGACGAAAAACUUCAUUUGAAUCCAGUUCAAAAGACCAAUCUACAUCAAGGCAGUUGACUGUCAAGCUUUUAACUACUCUCUAUUUCCUGGUGAUUAGUUGAACGAGAGGUCUCCACAAAUAAUCAUCAAAUUCCAAACAGCUGGCCGUAUUAUGCCAUGGGCAAAUAGAACCGUAAUUUAUACAAAAAUUAUUCUACUAAUACAUUGUGCGUUUGCUAUAUUUAACAAAUUACCAACCAAAAAUGAGAAACUGUGGGCUAAUAGUCAGAGGACCCUUCUUUCAGUUGAUGGGUUUUACAUUUUAUCUUUGGUUUGUUUAUUUAAGUUUUUGUAGCUUGGUGGUAUAAAUAAACUUCACACAAAAAUCCGACUGAAAUUUGAGUGGAGGGACCUGUGCUUGUCUACGAAGUACCGUAUAAACAUGGAAAUACUGUUUUGUUUGUUGUCAGACCGUCUUAGGACUCUUAAAAUAAAAAAGUAUAUAUCGUUCUUCACAGUAUUAUGCUAGAGGAUAACUGAACUACCUAACCUAAUGUUUGACCACCAUGAUAGUGAAUUAAAUAUAUAAAUUAAUCCUUAAAUAAUAACGGCACAGAGAUCUAGCCAUAAAUUGUAAUACAAACUGUUUCUCAUUAGUUAGUCCAUUUGUUUAUUCUCAAGUGAACCUUCAAAUUCUUGAUUGAUUCCAACAAAUCCAAUGAAUGUAUUUUGUGAUAUCCAUUUUCUCAAGAUUAUGCUAUAUCAGUUUUGUUAUUUUCGCAACAAAUGUCUUAAUAAUACGGAGGAUUAUAGUUGAAUCUAUUGUGACGUGUGGUGUCUGAAAUCUGAUACUGAUACACGGUGUGCUAUGUGCUGACCUUCUCAACUGACUACUCGAUCGAAAACACAAUAAUGAGCGACAAUGUGCAUUGGACUACUGAAUACUCAUUUAUAUAUAUACCACUCUAUCUUUAAGAAAUCGACCUGUUUUUGUAGGUUUAAUUCGUUUUCUCGUGUUACAAAUUUAACAGAUCUACUGUACUUACGGACAUUCAUCACAUUUCAGGGAAAUAUCUUAUUUCCAAACGUUUACGGAUUGAGUAAACAAUGAUGCAGUCAUGUGAUCGAAAGAGGAGGAUAUAUUUCCUUACGAAAAAUUGUGAAUUGUGUAUAUGGUUAAAAAUAGUCAUAAUAAAGUCGGAAUAUACCCUUGAGCUAAUGGUGAAAGUGAAAAUCGCUUCAAAUUCAUAUCACAUUUAUCAAAGUAGAAUUAGGAACUAUUGUUAGAAUUCAGAAUGAGGAGUUAGUGUUUGAGUUUUCAUCACGUAUUGACAACUAAAAUGCCAGAAUCCCAAAUCCCAAUCAUAACAUAGUAACUCAUUCACUUAAAUUUGCUGUCCCUUGGUCGGCUAAGCAGGUUGUAAUCUCAAAGUCGUUUAGUGCAAAAUGAAAUCUCGACAACUGUAAGUUAUUUGUAACUGCAAUUUGCUUAGACCUGC